UAUAGUAUAGUGUAUUAUACUACAUAAAACUGUAUUUAUAAUUAUUGAUUCUUUUUAUUUUUUCUUUCAUAAAUUUAAUAUAAAGUUGGACAAACAUGAUACGAUGUUUUCAGUUCAUGCCGCCAUCUUAAUCGUUUCCGUGGAAACCAUACAAACAAACAUACAAACGAAAAUAAUGUCACUGAUGUGUUGAAAUUAUAUUAGAAAAUUAUUUCGCUGUAGAAAAAUAAGCAAUGAAGGCUAUACCAACGUGGGUUGACAAAGUUCAAGAAAAAUCAGAAUGUAUAUAUGACUUAUGUUUUAAUCCUGAUGGAACACAAUUAGUUGUUGCUGCUGGACAGCAAGUUCUUGUAUAUGAAACAAAUGAAGGUGCUUUAAUUCAACCAUUAAAAGGACAUAAAGAUAUAGUUUAUUGUGUAUGUUAUGCAAGGGAUGGUAAAAAGUUUGCGUCUGGAGGAGCAGAUAAAAGUGUUAUCAUUUGGACAUCCAGAUUGGAAGGCAUACUUAAAUAUUCUCACAAUGAAGCUGUUCAAGCCAUGCAAUUUAAUCCAGUUUCGCAUCAACUUUUGAGUUGUUCAUUAUCCGAUAUCGCUUUCUGGUCAUCAGAACAAAAAGCAGUAAUAAAACAUAAAUCGAGGGGUCGAGUAAAUUGUUGUGCUUGGACAAGCGACGGUCAAUAUUUAGCCAUUGGAUUGGCUACUGGCUAUGUCUCAAUUAGAAAUAAAAACGGAGAAGAACAAACACGUAUUGACAGACAAAAUGGAGUUCCUAUAUGGAGUUUAUUAUGGAAUCGUCAAUGGGAAAAUUCUGUUGAUGUUCUCUGCAUAGCUGAAUGGAAUGGAACCAUAUCAUUUUACUCAACUGCAGGAAUAUCUGUCAGUAAAGACAGAUUAUUAAACUUCAUUCCUCUUAAAAUGUGCAAUUUUGCAGGUGGUCAAUAUAUUUUGAUUGCGGGAAGUAAUAAACAAUGUAUAUUGAUGACGUAUGAUGGAAUACAAUUAAUCAAUAUUGGCGGUACCUUUUCUUCUUGGGUCUGGUGCUGUGCUACGAAUCCAACUUCUACGCAUAUUGCAUUAGGUUGUCAAGAUGGAACAAUAACAUAUUUACAGCUAUCAUGGAAUAUUGUACAUGGAUUAUAUGGAGAUAGAUAUGCAUAUAGAGAAAAUAUGACUGAUGUAAUAAUACAAAAUUUAAUUACUGGUCAGAAAGUUAGAAUUAAAUGUAAAGAUCUAGUUUCGCGUAUAGCAGUAUAUAAAAAUAGGCUAGCAGUUCAGUUAUCUGAACGUGUAAUAAUUUAUGAACCAUCAAACACUAAUGAUGGAAUGCAUUACCGAAUACGUGAAAAGUUAAAUCAAGCACUGAACUGUAACUUAUUAGUUGUUACAACCAACAACUUGAUAUUAUGUACAGAAAGAAGAUUACAGAGUUUAUCUUUUGGUGGAACAGUAGAAAGAGAGUGGAUACUCGAUGCAUUUGUUACUUACAUAAAAGUUGUUGGCGGUCCAAUAGGACAAGAAUGUUUAAUUGUAGGUUUAAAUACUGGUUAUAUAGUAAAAAUAUAUUUAGACAAUCCUUUCCCAGCACAUUUAACAAAAAUCAAUGGCUCUGUAAGAUGCCUUGAUAUCAGUUCACUGAAAGAAAAACUUGCAGUUGUUAGUGACCAAGGAGUUCUUUACGUAUUUGAUUUGUACGCAGAAGAAAAACUUCAAGAUUUUCAAGAUGUAAACAGUGUAGCUUUUAACAGUAGUUUUGAAGAUAUAAUGUGUUUUACAAGUGAAGAAUAUUUAGUAAUUAAAGUAGGAAAUUUUACGGAAUACAGACAAAAGUUUUCUGGAUAUGUUGUGGGUCACAAUGGAUCAAAGGUUUACUGCUUAAAUGGAUCUUGCAUUGUUACAGUGGAGGUGCCUUUGUCGUUAUUUAUGUAUCAGUAUUUAGAUAUUGGUCUUUUCUCUCAUGCUUAUAACAUAGCUUGUCUUGGCGUAGCAGAUUCAGACUGGUUUGCUUUGGGUACCUCUGCUUUGGAAAAUCUAGAAUUAAAUAUAGCAUAUUCUGCGUUUGCUAGAGUUAAAAACUUGAGGUAUAUAGAAAUUGUAUCAGAAGUGGAAGAAAAACUCAAAUCUGGUGAAUGGGGGAGAGAAGCAUGCAUGGCAACUGCUGCAGCUGCUAUGGGCAAACUGAAGGAGGCUGCGAAACUCUAUCAAAAAGCUGGUUUACAACAAUAUGCAUUAACUAUGUACUCUGAUUUACGUAUGUUUGAUAUUGCACAAGAAUUUGUUGUUAGUGGAAACAGCCAGGAUCGUACAAUAUUACUCCGCAAAAGAGCAGAAUGGGCAAAAAGUCUUGGAGAACCACGCGCCGCGGCAGAAACAUUUUUAUCAGCAGGAGAUGUGGAUCGUGCUAUUAACAUAAUCGCGGAGUAUGGUUGGAUUGAUAUGUUAAUUAAAGUUGGUAGACAACUUGAUAAAUCAGAUAGAGAUAAUCUGACUAUAAUUGCUAAGAAGUUAAAGAAAUUGGGUGCAACGCAUGGUGCUGCGGAAAUUUUCAGUCGUUUGGGUGAUGAUCCUGAUGUGGCGGAUGUCUUAGUGGAUGCUCAAGCAUGGCCAGAAGCUUUUGAACUGGCUGAGAGAAAUCCAAAAUUGAAAGGAAGAAUAUAUGGGCCAUAUGCUAGAUGGUUAGCAGAAACAGGUCAUUUUUCCGAAGCACAAGAAGCAUUUCAAAUAGCUGGACAAUCUGAAGAGUCUAUAAUGGUCUUAACAAUGCUAGCAAAAAAUGCAGUUGCUGAGAAACGUUUUCGUGACGCUUCGUACUUUUAUUGGCUUCUUUCUCAAAUUAGUUUAAAUCUUAACAAAAGCACAGAUGAACUACAAAGACUGUUUUUACAGUAUUAUGAAAAGGCUGAUGUUUAUUAUGCUUAUCAUGAGAUUCAUAAAUAUGUUGAAGAGCCAUUUACGUCAUUAAUGCCUGAAGCACUUUUCAAUAUUUCACGUUUUUUAUUGACAAAAACUCAGAAUAUUCAAGUUGAAGGAAUCUCAAAGUUUACUAUUAUGUAUACACUAUUAAAGCAAGCUUCUUUGCUUGGUGCAAACAAAUUGACAAUGCAGUUACUUGAAAAACUGCGCAAAACAAAAAUUCCCGCUAGUCAACUUUGUCAAUUAGAAACUUCAAAUUUACUGGCCAGAGCUUCUCCUUAUAGGGAUCCUGAAGAACUUUUGCCUCUGUGUUACAAGUGUUCAACUUUUAAUCCUUUAUUAUCGGUGGACACUCAGGGACAAUGCGUACAAUGCAAAAUAAAAUUUCAAUAUUCUUUUGUGAUGUUUGAGAUUUUACCGUUAGUUGAAUUUGAAUUAGAGGAAGAUAUUCCAGAUGAAGAAGCAGAAAAAUUAAUAAACGAGUCAUUACCGUCAUCUGAGAAUAUGACAGAUAAAGAUCAGCUCACCAUUAGUUCUGAAAUAGAUUUGUUUACUGCUCGUUUAAUGAAAUAUGAGGAAAAAUCAAGUACUUCUACUAUAAUUGUCGGAAGAAAUGUUUUGAAGAGUAUGGACCCAUGCACCGUAUUAAUCAUUAAGUGGCCAAAUCCAUUUAAAACGCGUUAUUUUAAAAAUCUAUUACCUGAUUUACAAAUUACGUUUUGUAAAUUUUGUCUGAAGCUGUUUCAUUUAGAUGAUUAUGAACUAGCUUUGUUGCGAUAUGGACAUUGCCCAUUCUGCAGAACAGCAAAUAAAUUUUCUGAUUAGAAUUAUUCUAUUAUGUAUGCUGUAUAUAAUCAAAGUGUAACAGAAUUUUAUACAAAAUGAGUAUAUAUUAAGUGAAAAAUUAUAACACGAGUAAUUUAAGAUGCAUAAACUAUAUUACUACUCGCUUAGUAUGGAAAGAGUAGGAGGAAUAAAAUAUUCUGAAGAAAUGAUAAAUUGAUUGCAAUACUUAGAAAAUAGAAGGAAAAUAAACAAUAAAAUUUGAUCGAAUGUAAAAUUGAAAGUAAAGGAAGUAAGAUAAGUUUGGUAAAAUAAAAAACCUGCACAGCAGAGUUCAUACAAAAUUAAAAAAGGAUAAACAGAAGAAAUUGCAAGGCAAGUUCACUUCAGUGUUAAACAAAUUUUAGAGAUUAAUAUAGAGAGUAUUAUAUUAGAUACAAAUACAACCAAAAAAGUAUAAAACAAAGUUGAAAACGUAUAAAACAUAAUAAAUCUGUUUUACAAUUCUAUAAACUUUAGUUGUUCUCUACCAGGUAAAUUGACAAUACAGUUAUGUUUGUCUUUCUGUAAGUGCUAAUGAUUCUUAUUUCUUCAGUACCGUUAAACGAAAUCUUUGGAAGAAUCGGGUAUGUUUCAACCAGUUGUAAUCCGAAAGAUGUUGAGUAUAGUACUUCUAAUGAUUUUCCUCUUUGGAAACUCGAUCAUAUGUCGUUUGAAUAACGAUAAUGUGGAUAUCCAAAAUUUAAAUGAACGCGCAAGAUUUUUCCCGCUGUUCAGUGUUGUUCGUUUUGCAAAUUCGCAAUGCUUGGCUAGCAACAACUUAAAUGGUACUUGCUUCACUAGAAGAGAAUGCCGUGAGUAUGGUGGAACUGCAUCUGGUAGUUGUGCAAAUGGACUUGG